GAUUUGCUGGAGGAUCAUGAUUUGCAGAAGACAACCUGGCAUUCACGGGAAAUAGUUUCUUCUCUUUUGAGGAAGAUACUGGGCCUAGACCAGGGUUUGAUGCAGCAAGGUUCCAUCAAAGUCUUGCUUACGUUGUAUGAAAACUUCCUUGUAUGCAUUCUUCUUGAUGAGUCUUUGAAGCAGUCAGACUUGGAUGAUUUACAUGUUGUUACGGCACAUCUCCUUACUGCAGGGAAAAUAUCCACAGGUCAGCAAACUGGUACUCAACAGAUGACCAAGGCUCCUAAUUCCUCAGAUCUCUUCAAGAACUUGCUGCAGAUUUUUAUCCAGUGCCCCUUGUCAAUAGAAGAAAGGAUGGUUCUCUUUCGAAUUUCCCAUUUGUUGGAUCUAAUAUCAAUGAAGGUUAGCAAAACAUCACUUGGAAACUCCUUGGCAUUUGAGUGGAACCCAGCAUUUGAAGACCAGCAUGGUUACUUUACCAUUCUGGAACAUGUGCUCCCAUCGUGCAUGGGAAUGGGAAACAAGAUGCUUUUCCAACUCAGUCAAGCUGCAUCCUUAUGCAUCAAGUAUACUAAAUGUUCUCCAAAUUCUGAGUUUUUGAAAAGCAGUACUGUCUCUCUCCUCCAAGCAAGCAUCCCAUGGAGUCAGGUGGCAUGUGGAACCAUCCUCCCUCCAUCCUACGAGCCAGAGUUCAUUCGAGGGUCUUUGGACUGGGUUUCCGCUUUGAAUGAACCUGUUGCAGAUUUCAAGAAAGAGAGGGAAACUCCUUGCUAG